GAAAACCCUGCUCUGUCUGUGGCGAUCAAGACGUGUAAGAACUGCACCUCUGAUAGUGUCAGGGAGAAGUUUUUACAAGAAGCUCGUAAGUAACACACCUCCUGUAGUCCUUCUUGAUCACAGCACAUACAAUAUCUUGCACUUCAUACGUAUUCCACCAGUUAUGUGUAUACUACUGAGGGUUGAACACAUACCCUUUUAGUUCGAUUCUAGGGCGCAUUCUCAGCGUAGCAAUCUCAGACAGAGAGUUCUACCUUUUUAGGGCUAGAACAUGCAGAGAUUUGGGUUGCAUCCCAAAUGGCACCCUAUUUCCUAUAUAAUGCACUAAAACUAGUGCACUUGAUAGGGAAUAGGGUGCCAUUUGUGACGAAGCCUUAGUGUAGCAGUGGGUUUUUGAAAAGCAGAAGACUUAACUGCUCUUCAGCUCCAGUGGUCCUGACAGAGAAAAAGGCUCCUUUAUCCAGAUGAAAUGCCCAGACAAGGUGGGACUGAGCUAACCCCCAUGUAUGAAAACACAGCAGGCAUUUGUGGAGGCUGCAGGGGGACUGGGGAGCACAGAGCACCGCUUUAGAGAGGGAUGGGUUUAGAGAAAGUGGGUUUACACUAGUACAGUCCUGCUGAGUUCCCCAGUGCAAUGCACACCCCUUCCCUUCCCCUUGCUGAAGUCUGAGACACACACAAAUGCAUGCCCACGCACUCUCUCUCUAACACUACACAUAUAUAACACACACAACACCGACAUCACACACACACCACACCAUACACUGCUCUAAAACAUCAAAUAGCACAUCACCUCCAUAAAGGCUAUGUGUUUCCCCUCCAACCCCAGCCUCGCCUCUCCUCUCCUCUCCUCUCCUCUCCUCUCCUCCCCCUCUCCUCUCCUCUCCUCUCCUCUCCUCUCCCCUCCUCUCCUCUCCUCCUCUCCUCUCCUCUCCUCUCCUCUCCUCUCCCUCCUCUCCUCAGGUCCGCUCCUCCCCUCUCAUCCUCUCCACCCCUCCUCGUCCUCCCCGCCCUCCCUUCUCUCUCUCCUCUGCCGUCUCCCCUCCCCGACCCCUCCCCUCUCCCCUUCUCACCGCUCCUCCUCUCCUCUCCUAUCUCCCUCCUCCCACCUCCUCCCCUCCCCUCUCCUCUCCCUUCUACACUCUCCCUCUCCUCGCCUCUCUCUCUCCUCUCCUCCUGUCUCUCCUCUCCUCUCCUCCCCUCCCUCUCCUCUCCUCUCCUCUCCUCUCCUCUCCUCUCCUCUCCUCUCCUCUCCUGCAUCCGCCUCCUCUCCCCUCCCCUCUCCUUCCUCUCUUCCCUCUCCGUCUCCUCUCCCGUCUACCCCCUCUCCUGCUCCUCCCUCCUCUCCCACCUACUCAGUCUCCUCUCCUUCCUCCCUCCCCCCUCCCUCCCCCUCUCUCCCUCCCUCUCCCCUCUCCUCUCCUCUCCUCCCAUCCUCUCCACACGAGGUACUCAGUAGCAGCAGGAUUGAUGAGAUGUUGUCUGAGAGAAAACAAAGAUGGUGGUUUGAGUCUGAGCCAUCCUAAAAUAUCCCACUGUAAACAUGGACCUGCUUCCUUCAUAACAGCCUUGACAUUUAUCAUAGACAUGAAUAAAAUCCACUAUAUAAUCAGUCUUCAUUUCACUCUCUACCUUUUCGCCCCACAUACAGUGACCUGAUUCUAUAAGCUGUAGCCUAGCUAACCCCUGGACUAUUAAGUUACACUCAGCAUUUGAUUGUUUGCUCCCGCUGACUGUGUGUGUGUGUGUGUGUGUGUGUGUGUCUGUGUGUCUGUGUGUGUGUGUGUGUGUGUGUGUGUCUGUGUGUGUGUGUCUGUGUGUGUGUGUGUGUGUGUGUGUGUGUGUGUGUGUGUGUGUGUGUGUGUGUGUGUGUGUGUGUGUGUGUGUGUGUGUGUGUGUGUGUGUGUGUGUGUGUUGUCCACAUACAGUGACCAUGCGUCAGUUUGACCACCCCCACAUAGUGAAGCUGAUUGGAGUGAUCACAGAAAACCCAGUGUGGAUCAUCAUGGAGCUGUGUACACUGGGAGAGGUACAGAACACGCGCGCACACACACACACACACACACACACACACAGUACAGCGCUUUAAUACAGGAAGUACCUUUAGUACAGGAAUCAGUAUAACAGUGAUGACCUCAGGCUCAGUAACAGUAACCUAUAGCUCAUGCUGAAGAGUAGUGUUGUAUGACUUACUGUAAUUUGAGUUUAGAUUUGAGUUUUUUCACCCAUUUUGUCUUAGAUGGUACUUCUUCUACCUUUCACAUGGUUUCAGCUGUUAGUGAUGGCCAUCUAGUGGUGGAUAGAGGCAUCACAUUCAAGGUUCAAUUUCAAGGUUCAUGCAGUACAUUGUAGAAGGCAGUUAGUAACUAUGUUAUAUGUGAUCAGGGCCGGAUUAAGAAAUCAUAGCCCCGGGGCUUUUAAAAAAAAAUUUUUUACAGACCCUCUUUCCCGACACACCAUAAUUUUCUGUAAACAAAUCCGUGUACCAAGAUGCAAUUCAAUGCGUGGUAAAUUUACUGUUGAAUAAAAAGCCCCUUUAUAAUAAAGCCAUUGUCAUGACUUUCUCCGAAGCUGCCUCCCCUCCUUGUUCGGGCAGGCUUCGGCGUUCGUCGUCACCGGCUUACUAGCCACUGCCGCUCCAUAUAUCAUCAUUCCAUUUGUCUUUGUCUUGUCAAUUACACACACCUGGUUCUUAUCCCCUCAUUAGUACAUGUAUAAGUGUUCCCUCUGCCCCUUUGUCCUUGUGGGUGAUUGUUUCAUGUGAGAUGAGUGUAGCUCGGUGGAGCUACCUGUACUUUGUAUUGCCGGGGUAUAUUUUUCCCGUGUGCCUGUAUUUGUUCCAGUGUGCCUGUUUUGCGCACUGGACUGUUGACGCUAUCCAGCGUAACUGUGUACUACGGAAUAAACUCUGUAUUCUGUGAUUUACCCUCCUGCGCCUGACUCCUUCAAAUCACACUCUCACAGCCAUAAUGACGUUUGCCAUGUGGCAUAGGCUACAGUUGAGCAGAGGCGGUUUUAGGAUUUCCACACAUGAGGAUUUAUUUUUUGCAGGGUCAAAAAAAUAACUCAUUUCAUGCAAUUCUAUGUAAUUUACAUGACAGAAGACAUUAGCGGAAUCUUUUUUAAUACCACACAAAUGACUGAAAUGAGUGGCUGAUCUGACUGACAAACUGAGAUCAAUCUGAUCUGGAAUUAAAACAAACAAUAGCCCAGGCCAAUGAAGCGACACGCAGAUUGUACAAUAUCAGGAGGCAAUAUAUAUACAGUCUAUAUAUCAUAGGCUACAGUAGGCUACUAAAUAUAAUUUCCAGUGGCACACUGACUCACCUAAUGAUGAAGAUGAAGCCAUAUGCUACUCACGGUGAUGGCUCGUCAUGGAAAUAGCCUGUCGCAAGAUGAGCUACUUUUAAAAACAGUGCUGCUGUUAGCAAAACAUUGGGAGUUGUUGAUAAAAAAAUAUAUAUAUUGGUUCUACAGACAGAUUAGUAUUCUCUUUUCAGCAGUAGGCAUUUGCUUUCCAAAAUGUAGGUUUUUCCAGCGAUUGUAUUUUGAAAUCUGCAAUAAGGCAAACUGACAGCCGCAACCAACCAUAGAAAUGUAAUCUAUAGAUGGCAGUUCCCUGGCAUCCAUUGCAAGUGUACCCAUGAGUGUAACAGUCGCCAGGGUAAGAGGUUCCAAAACCCUUCUAUGGAUUAUAAAUCUAUGGCCACAACGCAACAAGCUGUAACAUAUAUUUGGCGCAUAUGCUGCCCAAGCUGUGGCCUUCCCGACUGUAGGCAUACCGGUAACUGCCAAAAUAAAGGAAACACUUGAGUAAAUGAGGGAUACAAAGUAUAUGUUAUGGUGUGGAGUGCAGUUUCCUGGCAUGGUUUAGGUCCACUUUUAGAAUCUAUGCCAAGGCACAUUAAUGCUGUUCUGGCAGCUAGUGGCCCAACACCCUUUUCAGACCUUUAUGUUGGUGUUUCCUUUAUUUUGGCAGAUAGGCUACCUGUAUAAACUUAAUCCACAGUUAUUUUUUAUAAACAAUUGAUCCUCUGUGGCUAAAUUAUGCUCUCUGGUGUAUUUUGAACAUUGAGAGUCGGCUCCUGUGGUUGGAUAAAAAAGUAUUAUAAUAAUAAAUAAAAAAUAAAAACAUUAGCUUGGGCCCAGCCCCUGACUCACACAAUUUACCAGUCACAUUGAUUUAUUAUGCAGUUUUUAUUUAUUUAUUAUUAAUCAGUUACCCAAUCAAGGCAGGGCCCCCAGUUGCCCACAUGGGCCCCCUACCUCCUCUCCUCCCCCAUCUGAUGAUUAGCUAUUUACAUAAGUAUUCAGACCCUUUGCUAUGAAACUCGAAAUUGAGCUCAGAUCAUCCUUGAGAUGUUUCUACAACUUGAUUGGAGUCCACCUGUGGUAAAUUCCAUUGAUUUGACAUGAUUUGGAAAAGCACACAUCUGUCUAAAUAAAGUCCCACAGUUGACAGUGCAUGUCAGAGCAAAAACCAAGCAAUGAGAUCGAAGGAAUUGUCCGUAGAGCUCCGAGACAGGAUUGUGUCGAUGCACAGAUCUGGGGAAGGGUACCAAAAAAGUUCUGCUGGAUUGAAGGUCCCCAAGAACACAGUGGCCUCCAUCAUUCUUAAAUGGAAGAAGUUUGGAACCAAGACUCUUCCUAGAGCUGGCUGCCCAGCCAAACUGAGCAAUCUUGGGAGAAGGGCCUUGGUCAGGGAGGUGACCAAGAACCCGAUGGUCACUCUAACAGAGCUCCAGAGUUCCUCUGUGGAGAUGGGAGAACCUUCUAGAAGGACAACCAUCUCUGCAGCACUCCACCAAUCAGGCCUUUAUGGUAGAGUGGCCAGACGGAAGCCACUCCUCAGUAAAAGGCACAUGACAGCCCACUUGGAGUUUGCCAAAAGGCACCUAAAAGACUCUCAGACCAUGAGAAACAAGAUUCUCUGGUCUGAUGAAACCAAGAUUGAACUAUUUGGCCUGAAUGCCAAGGGUCACAUCUGGAGGAAACCUGGCACCAUCCCUACGGUGAAGCAUGGUGGUGGCAGCAUCAUGCUGUGAGGAUGUUUUAUAGCAGCAUGGACUGGGAGACUAUUCAGGAUCGAGGCAAAGAUGAACGGAGCAAAGUACAGAGAGAUCCUUGAUGAAAACCUGCUCCAGAGCGCUCAGGACGUCAGACUGGGGUGAAGGUUCACCUUCCAACAGGACAACGACCCUAAGCACACAGCCAAGACAACGCAGGAGUGGCUUUGGGCAAGUCUCUGAAUGUCCUUGAGUGGCCCAGCCAGAGCCCGGACAUGAACCCGAUCGAAUGUCUCUGGAGAGACGUGAAAAUAGCUGCGCAGCAACGCUCCCCAUCCAACCUGACAGAGCUUGAGAUCUGCAGAGAAGGAUGGGAGAAACUACCCAAAUACAGGUGUGCCAAUCUUGUAGCGUCAUACCCAAGAAGACUCGAGGCUGUAAUCGCUGCCAAAGGUACUUCAACAAAGUACUGAGUAAAGGGUCUGGAUAUUAUGUAAAUGUUAUAUUUCCGUUUUUAUUUGUAAUACAUUUGCAAAGAUUUCUAAAAACCUGUUUUUACUUUGUCAUUAUGGGGUAUUGUGUGUAGAUUGAUGAGAGGGGAAAAAACAAUUUAAUCAAUUUUAGAAUAAGGCUGUAAUGUAACAAAAUGUGGGAAAAGUCAAGGGGUCUGAAUACUUUCCGAAUGCACUGUAUAUAUUUCCUUUAUUAUUAUUGAUUUUUUAAUGUUGUUUUUUUUUAAUGUUUUUUUUCUCUCUUGGGGCCCCCCACGGGCCUGGGCCCAGGGGUUUCAGCCCCGGUAAGCCCCUGCAUUAAUCCGGCCCUGUAUGUAAUGUGCAUGCUAAAGUGAGGAUUAUCUUUGUUUUCUCUUCCCAUCUUUACAGCUACGCUCCUUUCUGCAAGUGAGAAAAUACAACCUCGACUUGGCAUCACUGAUUCUCUACGCUUUCCAGCUAAGCACAGCACUCGCCUACCUGGAGAGCAAGCGGUUUGUACAUAGGUAAGCCCUCACCCCAAUCUAGCCUUAUUAAUAUGGCUUGUGUGUGUUUCCUGUAAACUCACUACUCUUCUCUUUUCAAUUGUAACCACGUCUGCUUCUUGCAGGGAUAUAGCUGCCAGGAACGUUCUGGUAUCCUCAGUGGACUGUGUUAAACUGGGAGACUUUGGCUUGUCUCGAUACAUGGAGGACAGCUCCUAUUACAAAGGUAGGAGUUUCACUUGUUCUGGGGACUAACUGUCCACAGCAUACCAGAGGAGAUCACUUUCAGCUGUUUUUGUUAUCAGUAAGUCAUGCAUUAGGUUCCUCAUUCUUUAAGCAGACAGCAGUGGCUGCUGUCAUUCAUGGACAUUAUAAACAUGGAAAUAUAUGUAGCACGUAUGCGUGGGGUGAGUGAAAGAAACACAACUGCUCUUUCAUUAGCGUAUGACUCUGUAAGACUGCUAUUGUGAACCACUCAUCUAACUAUGGGUGAGGGAAGUCCUGUGGGAGGGAAGUGUUUGUCUUAUUCGGUCUUGUCACUUGUUCCUUUGUCCAUGUGUAUCUGUCCAAACCAAUCACAAUAAAAACCUUUGAUCACAAAAAAAGUCACGCUUUCACCUCUCCCCCCAGCCUCUAAAGGGAAACUGCCUAUCAAAUGGAUGGCACCAGAGUCUAUUAACUUCAGACGCUUUACCUCAGCCAGUGACGUGUGGAUGUUUGGUGAGUUUGGGAAUUUGAUACAGUACUUAUCAAACAGUACUCAAAAACCUUUAAGACAAAGGCUGUAUGUUAUUAGCUGAUAAAUUAUGGUUUAAAUAAAUAUAUGUUUCUCUGUACUCCAGGUGUGUGUAUGUGGGAGAUCCUCAUCUACGGAGUCAAACCCUUCCAGGGGGUGAAGAACAACGAUGUCAUCGGCCGGAUAGAGAACGGAGAACGUCUGGCCAUGCCCCACAACUGCCCCCCCACCCUGUACAGCCUGAUGACCAAGUGCUGGGCCUACGACCCUAGCAAGAGACCCCGCUUCACAGAGCUCAAAGCCCAUCUCAGGUACGUCCGUCAGUCGGUCUAUCUGCAUGUACAUUGCUGUAGUGCAUGGUACGUUAUUGAAGACUAUCUCCUAUGA